AUGGUACAUAUCGAUGAAAAAAAUUACAAAUGUGAGAUAUGCAAUAAAGCAUUCAAAUGGUCCGGUAAUCUGAAGAAACACAAAUUGACGCACGGAAACAUACGACCAUUCAAAUGUCACGCAUGCAAUAAAACAUUCAAAUACUCCAGCGUUCUGAAGAGACACCAAUCGACGGUCGAAAACGAACGACCAUUCAAAUGUCACGUGUGUAAUGAAACAUUCAAAGAAUCUAUCAAUCUGAAGAGACACAAAUUGACGCACGGAAACGAACGACCAUACAAAUGUCACGUGUGCAAUAAAACAUUCAUGGAGUUCAACAAACUAAACAGGCACAAAUUGACGCACGAAAAUGAACGACCAUACGAAUGUUACGUGUGCAAUAAAACAUUCAAAUACUCCAGCGUUCUGAAGAGACACCAAUCAACGCACGAAAACGAACGACCAUUCAAAUGUCACGUGUGUAAUGAAACAUUCAAAGAAUCUAUCAAUCUGAAGAGACACAAAUCGACGCACGGAAACGAACGACCAUUCAAAUGUGAAAUAUGUGGUAGGAAUUUCACUCAGAAAGGUGAUUUGAAUAGACACAUGAAAGUGCAUAAAAGUUCGGAUGAAAAGCUAUAUUCUACAGUAAGCUCCUUAAUGAUAUCGAUAGCAGAUGAUAUCAUUGAUACAGAAAUAUUUAUAAAGGAAAUAAUUGGAUUUGCAAAAUUUUAA